GAACAUCUGACUGUGGGUGAUGUGCACGUCUGUUUCUAACUGCACAGAUACUGCUAAGAUACUGUUAGAAAAAGGGAAAUAUUCUGAAGAUUCCUGCUGAACUUACAGCUUGCUUCUUUCCAUUAUAUUAGGUGAAGGAUGGACACAAACCCUGGUAGUCCUUGGAGUCCAACAGAGUUGGGGAGGAACUGCGUUUUCAGCCAGAAGUAUGGACACUGUGGUCCAGGACUGUCCAGUCCUCACGAGUACAACCAAUGGCUGCCUUACCGUCAUGAUGCCAGCCUGCUGCCCAUGAAAGAAGACCUGGCCUUAUGGCUCAACAGCAUUAUGGGUGUAGAUGUCACAGCGGACAAUCUGAUGGAGGAGUUGGAGAACGGCGUUCUCCUCUGUCAUCUGGCACAACUGCUGCAGGAGAAAAUGAUCCAACCGAACACUGAUAAUCCUUUUGAACAAACAGUGAUCCACUGGCGACCUGAUGCAACAUCUGGAUCCUUUUUUGCCAGAGACAAUACUGCCAGUUUUCUUUAUUGGUGCCGGAAGAUUGGUGUUGAUGAGGCUUACCUGUUCGAAUCUGAGGAUUUGGUUCUCCGCAAGCAUCCACGAGGGGUUUGUCUGUGCCUGAUGGAGCUGGGACGGAUCGCAGCAAGGUAUGGAGUGGAGCCUCCGGGCCUGGUCCAGUUGGAGGAGAGUGAGCUAGAGAAAGAAGAGACUAGGUCCUUAUCUCCAUCAUCCCCUCUGCACCUCCCUUUUCCUCCUGCACCGAGUUCAAUGGUGCAACCAGAACUCCUCCCAACCCCGUCUCCUCCCCCUCCAUCCACGGCUUGUCUGCCUGAACCUCUUUCAGCUUCCCUUGUCUCUGAUCUUCCAUCAGCCAUAACAAACCCAGCGGCAGAGUGUUUUUCCUCCCCCUCAACCGCCAACCCACAUACAAACACAGCCUCAACACAAACACCUUUGUUUUCUUCAACCAGAGUCUCUAACACGCCCGCUCCACUGUCAGCUACCCCCUCAGACCAAAACCUGGUGUCAGUCUCCACCACUAGCCUCACACCUGAAGACACACCUCCCUCCUCGUCGGCAGCUCUGCCUCAUCGUUGCAACAAACCUACGCGACGAAGCACCGUAGGCACGCUUUUGGAUGAGACUGUAAGAAACAUGAUCGAGGAUCCUCCCUGCAGCUGUCCCACCACAUUCCCUGUAGAGAAACAGCCUAAAGGUUGCUAUCGAGUUGGGGAUAAAGUUCUGUACGUACGAAUGCUGAACGAGCAUCAUGUAAUGGUGCGAGUCGGUGGAGGCUGGGAGACUUUUCUAAGUUACAUCCAGAAACACGACCCCUGCCGAGGAGGUGCAGUUGGCAGAUCUGAGGUCAGGAGCUGUGGGGUCAAAGCGAAGGCGCACAGUUUGAACACCUCACCUGACAGCUACAUGGUGGUUGGUGCCCGUUACCACAGCAAGAAGUGCUCUUAACCUGAUUCCCUCCUGCUCUGGGUAGCAUUGACCUAAUUUGACCAAAUUGUAGAAGGUCAGUGAUAUAAUCUAGUUAAAAUCACAUAUUUUCAAUUUAAAAAGGCAUUGUGUCUUGCAAAAAGGCGAUUAGUAUCUUCCAGUAUGUUUGUCAUUAAUAAUUUGAUGCCGUUUAGUUAUUUUGGUUGUUAUGUAUUUAUGCAGUUACAGUAUUUUCUGGAGUAUAAAUCUUGUUUUGGGUUGGGGUUUUGGGUUGAGAGAUCCUGCGACUUAUAUACCAAAAAAAAAAAAAAAAUCACACAUUUGUUAAUGGUAAUAAUAAUUAUAGUGACUGUUUAUACAGGCCAUUCAAAGUAAUCCAAGCAACAAACAAAAUAAACUCUAAUAAUAAAAAGUACACUACUACAGAAAAAUUCCAAAUUAAAGAAUUGAUAAUAAAUAAAGGUGUGAUUUAUACUCUGGAAAAUACAGUACCUUUUUCAGUUGGAAACAAAUAUUCACACAAGCACACUGAGCAGUGACGUAGUUCUUAUGGUUUCAUACCUGCUGACCCACUGACGAACAGCACUGUGUAAAGCUCUUAAGCAUCCUAGUGUUUCUCUAUAAAUGGGGGUUUGAUGUUUUUCUUCAUUAUUAUGUCAGCAAAAGACAACAUUUGCAAUAUGCAAAUGUAUUUUCCAAAAUAAAUAAAUGCAUUUUUUAAAAAAAACAUACAUGACAGAGAAAUAUAUUUAUUCUAUUAAAGAAAGUAGCAUAUUAUAGAAAGUAAUAGUCUUUUUCAUAUAAAUAUGAACCUUACUUUGAAAGUUUACAGCUGAUAAACAAUUCAACAAAGAGAACAAACAACAUAAUAUAAUAAUAGUUAUUAUUAUAUAACAAUAGUUAUUAAUAAUAAUGUUUUUUUUUCAGUGUGGUAGUCUUGUAAAAUCAUUGAGUAGUUUAGCAUAAAGGAAUACGUAUGAUUUAAAGAGUUGUCAAACAAUAUAUUUUUCUGAUGGUUUUGUCCAGUGGGAGCCAAUGUAUAGCUGACCUUUGCAUUAAUUAUCACCAAGUACAACACAUUCAGCGUGUGUCUCGUUCAUAUAUUGAUCAGCGAGGCCACACUUUGCGUCAGCCAGCAGCAUUGAUUUUGGCAGAGCAUCUCAUAUAACUGUUUCCAGAAGAGCUCCCCUCUUCAAGGCCAUCCCUGUCCAUUCUCCAUGGGAUGUGGAGUUGUGUCAGGAAGGCAUCUGGUGUAAAACGUGUGCCCAAAUCAACAUGUAGAUCCAUAAUGGAUGUGCUGUGGCGAUCAUGAGGAAAUAAGGGAAAAGCCAAAAGAACCUACUUUCUAUUGUGAAUUACAUUAUAUCAAAAAGAGUUUCAUUAUUUUUUCUGCUUCUUGGUUUGAGGAAAAAAGUUUCACUGUGCCUUAGUUUUUGCAUGGUACUGUAUAUCAUAAACAGGCCUGUUGGAAAGCAUAUAAUAAUAUAAUGAUGGAUUUUUAUAAAAAUCAUACUCAAGGUUUUUGCACAGUGCUAAACUCUAACAGUAUUUAUGCAUUUUAUAUUGAAUAUGUGUUUGAUGGCCACAGGUUAAAAAUAACCUAAUGCAACAAAUUUCCUUUUAAUAGUGCAAAUGUCAUUCCCAAAAUAUCAUACGUAUAACACAUGAUGGGUGAAAAAGACACUUGCAAAUUUUGUGCUCCAUAGGGAGAGAAAGCAUAAGGAAAGCAUGAGGAUCUUCCUCUAGAUGGCACCAUAUCCUCAGUAAUAAAAGGUCUUUCCACAGCUCAGUUCAGAAUUUAGUCCUCUUCUCUAUAGCUUUUCCACAUCUUACAGAAUGGUUUCAGAUUAACUACACAAACUGCUAUAUACAAAAAAAAAAAAAAAAAAAAAAAA